UCAGUCGAGCAUUGAGCUUGUACUGGACCACAGCUCAGCCGAAGCCGCGUCUCAAAGUCUACAGUAAGAUGAAAAGCUGUGGUGCUAAGCUGUUGUGCCUGUUCGCGAUAGUGGCCGGAUGCAUGAUGUGUUCGUGCGAAUGUGAGGAAAUGAGGGAAAGGUUCAACAUCCUCGGGGUGUUCGGGCACCUGGGAAAAAGUCACUUCGAUGUAUUUUUACCGAUUCUCGAGGAGCUGGCCCACCGAGGGCACAACGUCACAGUGGUUUCCUACUUCCCACGGAAGGAUAAAAUCCCGAAUUACAGGGACAUAAGCUUGCUUGAUUCGGCGGGGAUAUUCCUGAACGUAAUCGACCUGACGCAACUCGAUCAUUCGAUGCUUUACGUUACCGCCGAGAUGAAGAUGCUCUACAAGAUGGCGGAGACGGCCUGCAAUAGAGCGCUGAAAAACACUGCUCUCAAGGAGUUUCUCAAAUCGGAUGAAAAGUUCGAUCUUAUUCUGACGGAGGUGUUCAACACCGAUUGCUUCCUUGGUUUUGUGCACAAGUUCAAAGCUCCGUACAUAGGACUCUCGUCCCACGCCAUCAUGGCCUGGGUAAAUAAUCGUGUAAACAACCCUGACAAUCCAAGCUACAUCCCCGGCGUUUUGCACUCUUUUUCACCGAGUAUGACCUUUUUCGAACGAGUCCAGAACGCUGUGUGGAUCGUGGCUGAACAAAUCGCCUACGAUCUGUUAUUCAGAAGACCAAUGCAAUCGCUGGUGGAGGAGACUUUUGGUCCCGGAGUUCCUCCGCUUCAAGAUAUUGCGAACAACAUGACAGCCCUGAUGGUGAACACGCACUUUAGCCUCCACGGUGCAAGGCCAUUCAGUACAAGUGUUGUCGAGAUCGGCGGAGUGCAUAUUCGUGGCGCCAAGCCAUUGCCCAAAGAUUUGCAAGAAUUUCUCGACUCCGCUGAGCAUGGUGUGCUAUACUUCAGCUGGGGUUCGAUGGUGAGAGCGUCGUCGAUGCCCAAUGAAAUGCUGGCGACAAUUGUCGAAGCCCUUGGAAGGCUCAAGCAGAAGGUUCUUUGGAAAUGGGAGGACGAGGACCUGCCCAACAAGCCGAAAAACCUGAUGACCCAGAAAUGGUUACCGCAAUUCGACGUUUUGUCUCAUCCAAACGUCAAAGGAUUCCUGGCUCACGGAGGACUCUUGGGACUUUCGGAAGCCAUUUACGUUGGGGUUCCGAUAGUCGUGGUUCCGAUGUUUGGUGACCAGCACGGGAAUGCUGCAGCAGCCGCAGCUAGAGGUGCUGCGAUAGUACUCCAGUACGAAGAUAUCACAGUGGACACCCUCAGCUCCGCCCUUAACGAGAUAAUGAACAAUCCGAGCUACCGCAGAAACGCUCGGGCGGUUUCCGAGGCCUACAGAGACCGGCCAGCUUCCGCUUUGGAAACGGCCAUCUGGUGGGCCGAGUACGUGGCGAGGGGCAAAGGUCGUCCUUUCCUGCAAAGCGCGUCCGCCAAUUUGUCCUGGUACCAGUACCAUCUCCUGGACGUAAUCGGUUUCCUUUCUCUGGUCGGGCUGGCCGUUCUAUUCGUUGCAGUUUUUGCCGUUAAACGCCUCUUGAAAGCGCUCAAUUUGCCCGGGACGAAAGUCGGAAGGACGUCCAAGGCGAGAGACUCGACUAAAAAUGGAACUAUCAAGAAAAGGAAUUGAGAAUCGA